AUGUCUGAUCAGGACGGCAACCACUCGCCCUCACCUUCCCCCUCGCCAUGCUGUUCUAUGGAAAGUAGUGCAGAGACAUUAUCCUGCCGUGGCUCGCGGGCGGAAAGUGAAGUGCCUCACCGCUCGCACCUGCCGAAGUCCGACCGCCAAUCCCGAGUGCGAGACGAGCAACUGCAACGUAAACGAGGGGGGAAAUGCCUUGAGAGUUGCUCCCUAUACAAGUCGCAAGUGCAGGAGAACGAAGUAACUGGGCUAAACGAACCAAAAGGUGUGGAAACAAAGCUUAGAAAGGACCGUCCGCGUCAUCACAAUAAUAGGGGAAAGCGAGGCGCGCGCAGAGAUGGUGGUUCUAAUCGAGAAGGAAAGUUGCCUACCAAGGGCACUGCUGCUGUUACUGCUACUGCCAGCGGAAGUAGUGGUAGAAAUGUUGAAUCCCCCGAGUGGUCAAAAGAUGUUGCUGAUUCGGAUAACAACUCCUCUUACUUGAGUCGUGGUGGUGGGAAUGGAUUCAAACUAUUUCAGAAGCUUUGCCAUCCGUUUAGUACACAUGACGUUAUGCCCAGAUGGGGUCCUUGUUCACAUAAACCCGAAGCGACUGAUAGCGCCGAGUUGGAAGCCAUAGGAGAUUUCAUGGUGACCAACAGUGGAGAUGCAGGAGGCAUGCGCAGCGUUCUUAGAAAGGUGGCGAAUACAAUCCCCUCGAGAGUGAACAGCAUGGCAUUGUCAGUGCUACCAAAUUUUGCAACCGGUUCCUCACUUAUUGCGAUCGGAGUCGGGGAUGCCAAUGGACGAGUGAACUACUGUGAAAUACCUGUAGGAGAUGCAAAACUCUCACGACCAUCACUUUCCAGCCAAAGGAAGAGUGAAUCUGUUGUCACCACAGCAAGCCAGUGUCGCACCGACAUGGAUGUUUCGAGUAUUUCGACUUCCAUUCCUUCGGUUUCUCCCCGUCAGCAGCUUGACACAUUCGGAUUCCAGCAACAGUCGGUGCGAAAACACACGCAUCAGGCAUAUGUCGAGGAGUUGGAUUGCUUAACUUCGGUUCCAAUAUCGCAGUCUGUGAACUGCUUUCAGUUUCUUAGACCCCAUCUGUCCCCAAGCACGGUGAGCUAUUUGACUUCAAACGACCGAGUUAUUAAGCUGUUUCGGGUGCAGCGUGAAGGACUUUCAAUGUUCCAUGCCUUUCCGGAGAUGGAGUCCAUUGUCGGACCAGAACUUUCCAAGACAAAAUACUUUCCUUGCGCAACACUGCCGUCUCUGAUACUUCCCGCACGCGUUUAUUCGGGAAAUCACAUCAACCGAAUACAUGGUCUUAGUGUUUGUGCUGAUGAUCAAUCUUUUCUGAGCGUGGAUGAUCUUGAAGUGUUCUGGUGGAACUUUGAGUGCGCAGACGGCUCUAACGGAUCGCGCAUCGCAGACAUGCGUCCACCUUCUGGAAACAUGGACGACGUAGUGGAGUUGGUCACGACGGCCGGGUUUCACCCAACCCACAACUCCCUAUUUUUCGUUGGUCGGAACUCGGGGUUCCUCGGCAUCGGCGAUUUGCGCGAGGCAGCGACUGGCGCACAACGUCGCUACAGUACAUAUGUGCGAGGGAGGGCUGGAGCAGGAUGGAACUCUCGCUUACAAGACUACGGCGAAAUAUUAUGUAGUGUUUCAGCCGCCGGUUUUAUAGGUACUGAUCACAUCGUAACGCGUGAUUACUUUUCCCUCAAGCUGUGGGACCUGCGCCGCACCUCAGAACCGUGCGACAUGGUCCGUCUUAUGCCUUACGUAGAACCGUACUUACGCUCACUCUAUGAAAGCGACGCCAUUUUUGAUCGGUUCUCAGCGGCAGUAGAUCAUGUUUCGGGAACAAUCAUUACUGGACUCUAUGACGGUGCUGUGGCCGCAUGGCAACCCUUUCACUCUGGACGGCCUGGUGGUGAAGAAAUCCUAACCUUUUAUCGUGCUGAUCCGUUAGCGUUACUCUGCGAAGUGGAAAAUGGGGGUAGGGUGACGGUAGAAACACUUCAGGCAUCUUUUUCGCGCAGGUUGGGGGUUUAUUGUUCCACGCACAGUGAGUGUGGUCAGUUUCACCAAACCCACUUGCCAGAACCCAUCGCCAAUAGAGUCACUUGUGUAUCAAUUUCUGAGGGAGGGGAUCGAUUUGCAAUGAGUUUAAGGGACGGACGAGGCGUCUUCCUGUUUGAGCGCUAA